AUGUCGGAUUCCCCCCAAUCCCCUCACAAGGAGGUUGACCAAGGUGCACCGUCACCCGACGACGAAGCACAAAUGAACGAGCAACAAGACCCACAGUCCGCAAACGCCGCGGGAUACGAGUUUGAAGGCGUGAAGGAACAAGAUCGCUGGUUACCUAUAGCCAAUGCCCGUUCAGCCGUGCAUAUCUGGACCCUUCUCAUGUCUUGCAAUUCGUCCUCAAAGUCCCCCAAAGCGCCUCGCGCCUCAAAGGCCGACAAAGCUGAUGAGCUUGAUGCUAAUAUUCGAAACUUUGCUCCAGUCGCACGCAUCAUGAAAAAUGCUCUUCCGGACAAUGCGAAGAUAGCCAAAGAAGCCAAAGAGUGUAUGCAGGAGUGUGUUAGCGAAUUCAUCUCUUUCAUCACCAGCGAAGCGUCGGAGAAAUGCCAGCAGGAAAAGCGCAAAACUGUCAAUGGCGAAGACAUUCUUUUUGCCAUGACAUCUCUUGGCUUCGAGAACUAUGCCGAAGCACUCAAGGUUUAUCUCAGCAAGUAUCGCGAACAGCAGAACCAGUCCAACCGAGACAGGGUAAUGGAUAACGGACCUAUGUACCCAGGAACCAUGAUGGGCGACACUAAGGCUGAGCCUGGCGCUGUGGGCGAGUUUGGACACGAAGGCAACAGCGUCGAGGGCGGUGCUGAUCCCAACUACAUGUACGGUUCUCAGCCCGGUCACAAUGGCACUGCCACCGAAGGUUACUAG